GUCUAAAAAUAAUAGUGAAAGGUUGGCUUUUAAGGCAUUCCAUUUAAGGGGAUAUAUGUACAUAUGUAUGCAUGCAUAUUAGUAAUCAUAUUCAUCGGACGAGACAAGGACAAGAUAGACUCCAGAUAAAAUGGUUACUUCAAAUGGAAUUCGCAACUUUGCGAGAAUAGAUUCGAGAAGUUCAUCCCCACCAAGAUUACCCACAAUGAGCUAUACUGUGAAUAUCCCAGCAGCUUCUAUCCUGAUACCCGAGGAUACCCGAAUGGAAAUUAUAAGAGAUUUCAUUUCCGGGGAAGUUGACAAAUACGACGUCAAAGUCAAAAAGCUUAACGAGCUACCGGAAGGGGAGCGUGACCCUAGACUAGCCGCGGCGGUGGAUAACCGGGAGGCAUGGGCGAAAGUACAGCGGUUGAUGGAGGUCAAGGUCGCCAUACAAGCUGAAAUUCGCUCGGAUCACCUCCGUUAGUGUUUAUAGUAUUAAAAAAUGUGUCUGAGGAUGAAUUGAGGGGGCAUUAAAUAGUAAAUAGUUAUUCAUCAGAAAAAGUGA